AUGUGCGCGAUAUCACGCGAAACUUUACGUUUAUUAUACAAUAAUUCUAUACGAACGAUAUUUAAAAGUACCGAUGUUGAAAAUGAUAAUUAUCAACGGCGUAGUAGAGGAAAACAUACUGCACCAUCGACUAAAAGAUAUCAAACACAUUUUAUGAAAUCAAUUGAAAAUCAAAAAGCGACCAUUUUUAUUGAAGAUUUUCGAAAGAUGAUUAUGUCAGCUGAUACAGACGAUGAAAUUAAUACUGUCGUUCAAGCACUAAUAAAGUACAAUUCAAAACAGUCGAUGCCCAGUGAAAAGAUUUGGGGUUUGCCUGUUAUGCAAUUACUCGCUAUUCAAAAUAAAACUGAUUAUGCCAUGCAGCUUUAUAUGAAGAAAAAUGAUUACACAGAUCAAAAACGAUUAAUCGAUGAACUUGAGCUUGAAGGAAUAGUUGGCGAAGACCCUGAUUAUUUCAGAACACCAAAUAUUUGUCUAUUCUCAUCAUCAAAAACGCAAGAAAUAAGACCUCGAUUUGAACCGAUUCGCAUUAGUGACGAUGAACUUAUGAAAAAUGUUGAUUUACCAUCAAUAUUCAACCGUGAAUCAUGUUUUCUCUAUACAAAUCCUUCCGAUCCUAGGAACGCUCCGUAUCAUCCAUUGCCAGUUAUAUUGAGUUUAGUGAAAUUAUCUAAAAAGGUCAUAAAGAUGGCCUAUUAUUUAAUGACAGAUGAAAGCACAAUUGCCGUCAUUUACAACUAUUUGAAAAAAGGGUCGGAUAUUGAACUUCAGCUCGUCAUCAACGAAACCGUCUACGAGAGAAAAGGACCAGUACAUGAUCUAUUUGAGCUCCCGAAUGUUAGAUUAACGGUUUUACGUGGUAGAGACGAACAUGGUAGUAUGCACAACAAAAUACUUAUCGUUGAUGAUGUGUUUAUGGUGUCUGGAUCAUACAAUCUAAUACACUAUGCGAAAUAUCACAAUUUUGAAUCUUGUAUUUAUACAAGAGAUCAAACAUUGUUAACCCUUUAA